AUGGAAAGUUACCUGAAGAUCCGCAACAAAGAACAGACAUCAAACGAAGAGAACCACGAUUCAUCUUCUAUAAGGGGACAUUGUUUCGCUGCUCUUUUGAAGGAUUAUUCUUGCGAUGUCUUAACAAAGAAGAAGCCCACCAAGCGAUGGAGGAAGCACAUUCUAGCUCAUGUGGAGCAGACCAAUCUGGUCCCAAGAUCCAUUUUCGCAUCAGGAGGAUGUGCUACUACUAGGAGACAAUGGUACGGUAUACCAAGAUACAUAAUCACUGAUAAUGUAACGCCAUUUGACAACAAGCUCGUGAAGAGUCUGUGCAAGAAGUUCGGUUUCAAACAACAUAAGUCUUCAAUUUAUAAUGCACCCGCCAACGGCCUUGCUGAAGCUUUUAACAAGACGCUUGCUUUGUGGGCAUACCGGACAACCUUCAGAACUGCUACACAAGCAACUCCUUACUCUUUGGUAUAUGGCGUGGAAGCAGUCCUUCCAUUGGAGCAACAAAUUCCAUCAUCGCGGAUCGCAAUCCAAGAAGGACUCAUGUCUGAAGAGAAUGCUCAACUUUGCCUAGCAGAGUUAGAGGCAUUGAAUGAGAAAAGAUUAGAAGCGCAACAAAAAUUGGAGUGCUAUCAAGCUCGACUAGCUAGAGCCUUCAACAAGAAAGAGAGGCCACGAUCAUUCCAAGUGGGAGACUUAGUCCUAGCUGUUCGGCGACCCAUAAUCCUCAACAAACGCAUAGGCGACAAGUUUACCUCAAAAUGGGAUGGGCCAUAUGUUGUGAAAUAA